AUGGGUAAGCCGAUGGAAAAGCUGCAAGAUUUGAUCGAAGAAGCGAAGGUCAGGACCGUUGGUUGGGGCAUUUGCAUCUUCGGCAUCGCCUACUUCCUCUCUCGUAAGCAAAUUUCUCUACGGCUGAGGCUUUGGAGACAUGUCAUAUUAUGGGUGAAAAAAGUUCUUUAUAACCAGAUUUUCUUUUUCUCCUGGGAGUUUACCUCUGUCUCUCUGGCCGCAGUUCGAGUUCAAGUUUCGUGCUUAUCUUGGAACAAACGAUCUGAUUCAUUUAUUCCUAGUUUAUAGCAUUUCCCGAUUUUUUCCUAAAUUUCAAUUUUUAAAUUUUAUAUUGGUAUUUUGCCUCACAGACAAAUUGUGUGGUGAAAUGAACCUAUAGUUAGGUUCAGCGGUUAAACUAACCUUUUGUCAUACAAGUAUCACAUAGAAAUGUGAUUUAGCAAGCUUGACUUUGACAGAGAAUACCAAGAAAGCGGAAAACUUCCCAUUUCUCAUAUUUGUUAGGUGUUCUUCUGCCUUCUGUUUGAAAACCCUUCCAGCAUCUUAUUGAGUUCAUAGAGUUUCAUUUGAUAUAUGUUGAUAUGAAUUCUACAAGUGUUUUCCUGCUUUUGUUUAUUCUGGGUUGUUAGGAGCUCAGUUGUUAGACAUCGGAGAGUGCAUGUUUAUUAGGAAAAGCGCUCUAGUCACCACCUUCUAAAUGCCUAACUUUAUUUCUGGAAACUCAUUGUUAUGCAGUAUUUUACAAUACAUGCAAAUUUUAGUAUAACAUUGUUUUUUCUAUUUUCACAUUCAUGUGAUAGUUUACGGAUUUUAAAAUUUUAUUAUCACAUAAGAAAAAAUGAGAGAAGAAAUACCUGGACCAGAAGUUCCUCUCAUACAUUCUUGUCUUCUUGUUUCUCAAUCCUAUCUGUGAGUUUUAUUGUCGGAGAAUGAAAUUACUGAAGAAAUCCGUGUUUAGAUAUUAUAAACAUAUAUCCAUGAAAAGCACCCAUCCAGAUCAUCUUUGCGGAAGGCAUUUUACAAAUGUAGCUGUGCUCCAGUUUUGUUAUCUCUGAAAGAACCGGGGACAGUAUAUCUUUUGGGAUGAAAAGAUUCUAAAUGGGACUAGGUAAUCGUAUGCUCCUGCACACAAUAGUCUCAUUUUAAACCCUCAAUCUCUCCCUCUCUCCCCCCUCCCUUCCUCUACGCAAAGCAAGCAUUAUUACAGCUGCAUUUUGUAGGUGUAAUAAUGUACAACAGAGUUUAGUCAAUCUCCAUUUGGAAAAAUUUGCUAGCUUUAGUUUGUCUGAUCCAUUUUCUUUCUUCUGUUUCUGUAUAGUGUGGUGAUAAAAAAGAGCUUGUCUGGCCGGAAUCUUUUUAUGAUGAUGCAUUCUCUUGUGGUGUCCAAUGAAAUACCUUUACACUGGCAUCUUGUAAAAUGUCUAACCUUUAAUAUUGAUAAAGAAACUGUCGCUGCUGUUUUUUUCAUUUUGUGUUGUUAGAAAUGUUGAACAAAUGUAUUUUUGUUUAAGAUAUCAGAGCAGAGUCCUCGUCAUGUAUCCUUCGCUUUACAACACGUUUAUAAUAAAAUUUCCCUUUUUUAUUGGUUAUUGAACCUGUAUUCUGCAGGCGUUCUAUUAACUAACAGAUGUUGUCAGUUUGUAUGUAUUCUUAAGAUAUUCUCAUUUAAAUGAUUCAUUGAUUUAUUUCAAUUUUUUUGUCAUAGAUACAAGCAAGUCAAUGUGGACAAAUAUCCCCAUCGCAAUUCUCAUAUUCUCUGCAUUUCGUUAUCUAUCUUAUGAGGUGGAGGUUCGCUGGAAAAUCCGACCCACUUACAGGCCAACUUACCUUUCUCAUUUAGAAAAGAGACAAUUGCCUAUCAAUGAUCCUCGCCUCUCAACUUCACCGUCUGUGCCCAGAUUGAAGAGGAAAAUAAAUUCCCCACCAAUCGAAGCUGCCAUCAGUGGUUUUAUAGAUAAGAUUUUACAGGAUUUUGUUAUAGAUUUGUGGUAUUCGUCUAUUACUCCUGACAAGGAUGCCCCAGAGUUGAUACGUCUUUUAUUACUUGAUGUUCUUGGAGAAAUAUCUGGAAGGAUCAAAGAGAUCAAUCUUGUUGAUUUAUUGACAAGGUGCUUUUGUGUUACUUUUGUAAGUCACCAACAAUUUAUUCUUUACCAAAUCAUUGCAGAGGUGGCUUAUAACUCAAUUGAUUUUCUUUUACUUUUCAGGGAUAUGGUUGAAUUGAUAGGUAAUCACCUAGAUCUUUACAGAAGAAAUCAAUCUGAAAUAGGAGUUGAUAUUAUGGGAACCCUAUCAUUUGUGGAAAGAGAUGAAAAAUUGAAGCAGCACCUCAUAGCAUCAAAAGAACUUCAUCCUGCUUUAAUAUCUCCAGAGUGUGAGUACAAGGUGUGAGUUAUGAGUUCAGAUUGCUAUUAGUUAUUAUCUUUCAUUUUUAUCACUAUUUCAGUUUUAUAUAUGCCCCCAAUAUGCCUGAUUCCCAAUAUGUUUUCAAUAGCAUCACCUCUUCCUUGAUUAUCUUUAGGUUCUUCAACGCCUUGUUGGGGGUGUUUUAGCUUCAGUCUUGAGGCCACAAGAAGCUCAAUGUCCGCUUGCCAGGUGCUUUAGCAGAGAAUUUCUGACAUGCUUGGUGAUGCAACCUAUUAUGAAUUUUGCCAGCCCAGGGUGAGCUUUUUCCUCAAUCUUGACAGCUCUAUCAAGGCAAAUCGGCCAUUUGUUCUCUGGAUUUUAAUCUGAACAUUUUUUCUUCGUAUGUUUUUCCAUUAUUAUUUUGAUAUCAGAAAUGCUAGACUUAUAUCCACGUAUUUAAGGAAAACGCUUAGUUCUAUCAAUGACCAAGCAUGCAUUGCCCUUUAAUGCAAAUAGUUGAAGUUUGCUUUUAUUUUCCAGUCAUAAAACUUCGUGAACUGAGCUGCGGUGCUUUUAUGUCUGCAUCUUGGUUCUAUAUCUGAUAUUGUGUUUUUCAUAUCUCAAGCAUCUUGAUUUUUAAUCUUUUACCACUUCACUCUCAUGUUGUACAAUGCACUACCAUGCACUCUCUCCCCUAUGAAAUGUUUUUUUCUUACUUCUAGAAAUAGUCAUACCCCCAACCGAAAUUAACGAAGUUCUAAAGGUUCACCAGCUAAGUACCUCAUUGUCUCCCAACCUACAAUUAGCAAACUCGGAAAGAUCAACUACUAAAAACAGUUUUCUUUGUCCUCAACAUAAAAUUGGGUCAUGUUAUUAGGUCCAUCAUGAAAGCGUGAGGAUAAGGUUUUUUUUAAGUUGAAAAUAUUUUUCUAAUCUUUACAAUAUUUUGGAUUUUUGAAAUUAUUUUCUAAUCUUUACGUCCAGAGUUUCAUGAAAAAAGCCCAUCAAAAUUUAUAGCCUCGUUUCUGUUAUGAGUAUCACAGGUAAUAAAUCAUGGUCAAUCCUUUGUACAGAAGAUGCAAUUAACACUGACUGCACUAUUGUGAGGAGUAUAUGAACUGAAGAAUCUCUGAUAGAUUUUGAAUAUGCAUGGUUGAAUUCUUAAAAUUAAAAAUCCUUCCAACCAAACAGAAAUUUCCAAACAUCUUGCUUCCCAAAAGAAACCUAUAUUGUUGGCAUUCAAACAUGUGUUCAAGCUGUAGUGGAAAAGCAAUGGAGUCUAAAACUAAAUCACUGGAAUAAAGAAGAAAUGUAUUGUAAAGGAAAUAUGCAAGCAAUGGAGCAAACUUAUCUUGGAGGGGAACUUUGGAAACACUUCGAGGCUUCUCAAUUUGGGCAUUGUUAUGAUUACGCUUCACGUUCUGAUGUUUUGUUAGAAUUCAUAUCUUGUUCUGCUUUCAUGUUAAAAUAAUUUGAUGUUUUCAGGUUUAUCAACGAAUUAAUUGAGCAGCUUUUCCUCAUUCCUAAGGAAGAUAAGAAUGAGGAUAUUCAUGGUGACAAACCACCCAGUGCAUUUACAGAGGUUCAUGGAACUACCGUUAACUGCGAACCUGCUAUGAGAGGGAAUGAGACUUCAAAUCAUUCUAAGAAUACGUUAUUGGUUAAAACUGCCGAACUGCCUUUGAGUGUUUCUGAGAAAAGUCGUGCAAUAUCAUCCCAUGUAAACUCGGAAUAUCCACCUCCACAGUCGGCAGAUUGGGCAAGAGUUCUAGAUGCUGCAACUCAAAGAAGAACUCAAAUUCUUGCUCCUGAAAAUCUUGAGAAUAUGUGGACAAGAGGAAGAAACUAUAAGAAGAAGACUGCUGACCUUGUUAAAGCAGUGGCUUCGCCUGGCUCUGUGAUUACUUCAUCAGGGCCUUUGAUGACCGCGGGAAUUCUGAGCGGUACUGUUCUUAGUGGAAAUAUGACAAAAGAACCACCGGUAAACUUCCAGAAAAAUGUGGGAAGGACAGAUGAGAGGCCUACUGUCAGAUUGCAUGACCUCAGAUCCAAUCCUCAACAAAGCGGAGAUAUAGUUUUGGCUCAAAACUUUAGGAGGGAACCAUCCAAAAUUGACGAAUCUCAUUCUUCUAAUGGGCCGAAGAACGAUGUAAAGCAGCAUGCAAAAAGUAACAAAGAUCAUCUUAAGCGAUCUAGUAGCGCUUCUGCUUUAGUAGACAGACCUUAUAGUGGCACUAAGUUCAUGUCUGAAGACAAUGAAGCUAUGCUCUCUCGUGAGUUACAUACUGAACAAUUUGGUAGGCAUCCGGAAGAGCUCAGUGUAAAGAGUGCCUCUGACCUGCACUCCCACAGUGAAACGUCCUUGCUUGUUCCAAAACUCAGAUGCCGGGUUAGAUGUUUUCUUUUAUCACCAAAAAUGCACUUUUUUACCAUUAGAACUUUAUUACCUGCAUAUGUAGGUACUCAAAUAUGUCUAUUGGCUACCAAUUUUAAGCCUCAUCGCAAAGUUUGACUUUUGUGCGGCUGCCUUGUCCAUUUGAUCUGUCUGAUUGUUGAAAGUAACUUGUUCCACCUUUAAGUUAAAAAAGAAAACUAAUGAAGCAGUCCAAAAACGCGGUGGACGCGAGCUUGGAAUAUAACAACUACCUUUCAGAUCAUAUUGUUGACCAGUUACUCAUGUUUAUUUCUCUUAUGUCUUCUAAACUAUCCAGGUGAUAGGAGCAUGCUUCGAAAAAAUCAGCUCAAAAUCUUUUGCAGUAUAUUCAAUUGCUGUAGCUGAUGCUGAGAACCAAAUUUGGAUUGUAAAACGGAGGUACGCCUAUCACAUGCAUUUCAUAUUUAAGGUUUACCUUCUUGGUUACGGGUCCCACCAGUCCAGAGAACCAAAAAAGUUGUGGUGAACCAUGUGAAGUUCAUACUAACCCAUGGCGAUUCUGUGUUGGAACCCAAACCUGCAGAACCCAUGUUCGACCAACCAUGUAAUGCACUAGAACUGUUAUUUUGAGAUUGCUUGGAAACAUGUUCUUAUUGCACAUUCAUUCAUUCAUUGUUUUUCAAGAGGACAACUCUAGAAGUUCGCAUUGCAAAAACUGAGAAAAAUUCUAAAAUAAGUAAUUCCUUUUAAACUAUAGCGUUUUUACCCAUCAUCAAGGAUGCGUAACUGGAAGAUCAUUUCUAGAAAAAAUGGGAGAUAUUCUGAACUAUAGCUAUGUGGUCGAAUUCUCAUUCUAAGAACUCAUCCUUUAAGCAUUCGCCUUACUGAGAAUAACUUCCGUCAAAAAAGUUAGAUUCUAUCUCUCUCCAAAUUAGUCAGAAAACUGAAAAAGGCUUCUUGUUUGAGCAAGCCACUAUGAUCUGCUGUAAAGAAAAAAGAAUGCUUGAGCAAGCCAACAGAGAGCAUCAAACAAAAGAAUGUUCGGUCAAACCAUGCAGUCAGAAAGAAAGUCACCUCUCUAUGGGGUUGCUUAAUUUUAUAAGCUCGCGAUUCGACUUUAAACAUUAUAGACUGUUACCAAACGAUCUAGGAUUAGUUAGUCUGCCAAUUCCCGUUUCAAAGAACUAUUAAAACUAGGUGGCCAUUUAUUUGAUGGAGUCAGCUCAGACCUCAAAUAUUGGUCAUUUAGUACAAUGAGAUGUAUGUAUUAUCAUAGUUUGGUAUAGAAAAUGAAUUUUAAUUCCUUGGCAUAGGUCUACACGAUGAAAAAUGAACCUUGAACGCUACCAUGUAAAGAACUCGAGAUAAAUCUCUUUGAGUUGGAAACUUUUUUUGUAAUGGCAUCCUAGAGAAGCCUUCUCAACAAAAAAAAAUAAAAUCAGAAUUUCCGUAUAGCCAAUUUUUCCUUAACAGAGUACCUCAGCAGAGAGCAUCUAAGUUAAAAGCAAUAUAAAUUGGUGUAAUUUAAUCCGGAUUUCAGUAGUAGAUCACUUUGCUUUGUCUUUUUUUUCAUGCACGGGAAAGUAUAACCCCGUAAAUGUCAUUAACUUCAAGGCCGUGAUAGGUAAAUUCAAUGCUUGAUGUUUUUUCCCUGAACAUCGACAGCAACAGAUGUAUAUUCAGUAUAAUGUAGCUGAAUUAUUUUCAAAUCAGUAGUCAAAGUUAAAAGAUAAUUAAUCAGAAAGUAAUUCUCGUUUUGUUUCCACUGAAAUUAUGUUCCCAAUGGAAAGCCAUCAUGAUUGACAUGGUUUCUAACCUGCAGAUACCGGAAUUUUGAACGGCUACACCGGCAUCUUAAGGAUAUUCCUAAUUAUGCAUUGCAUUUGCCCCCAAAGAGAUUUCUUUCAUCUAGUAUCGAUGACUCUUUUGUGCAUCAGCGAUGUAUAUUGCUCGACAAAUAUUUGCAAGUAUGAUCCCAUUCUCAAUUUAUUGAAGUUUUUUAUCUUCAAAUCCCUCUUAAUAUGUUUUCAUUAUCUAUACAGGAUCUUUUGUCAGUUCCAAAUGUUGCUGAGCAACAUGAAGUAUGGGACUUUUUCAGUGUUUCCUCAAAGGUAUUCUUCUAUCUGGCGUACUUCGACAAAAGUCUUCUGUUGCAAAUGAAUUGUAGAACUAAUGUUCCGUUUUGUUUUGUUGAAGAACUAUUCUUUUGGCAAAUCUACCUCGGUGAUGAAAACAUUGGCAGGUACCCAUUCUUUCUUAGUUUUUUUGGUGUUCUUAGUUUUUUUUUUCUUUAGCCACCAUUCUAUCAAUUUACAUUUCCAAGUGCUUACAUUCAUCUAUGCCUCGUGUGUAACUCUUCUUGGCUGUCAGUUUCAUUCAUUGAACUGCUAGUCGAUAGAUGAUUAGUAUUAUUGUUCAUUUACAGUAAAAAACUCUGUGCUCAAUCAUUGUUGUCUAUCCCAACAAUUCUGUAGUAAAGUCGUCAAAAGAUGAAACUAAUGAGUAGGUCCUUGGAUUGAUUCGAAGUGGAUCAGUGUGUGGGCCAACUAGUGUUUUGGAUACAAACUUAUCAUAGAGUGAUCAUCGAAUGAAUUUCACACCUCUAAAUCCAUGAGAAAUAACAUCUGCUUUGUUGUUUUAAUUUUGAGCAGUUAAUGUUGAUGAUGCCAUGGAUGACAUAGUUCGCCAGUUUAAAGGUGUUUCGGAUGGCAUUCUUCGAAAAGUUUCUGGAUCGCCAUCACCAUCAUUGACUCACACUGUUUCUCCACAAAAAGCAGAGACGUCUUUGGCUUUGCCUUGGAAUGACGAUGUUAACAAGCCUAGUUCAAGUGACAGAAAUUUAGAAAGUUAUCGUAGCAGUAACCUGGAUAUGUCCAAUAGCAUGUCUGAUGAUGAAAUCCAGGAUGAAGAGGUUUCUACUGCGUCAAUCAAUGGUUGGCACUCAGAUAAUGAAUUGAACACCAAAGCUUUUCCUCCGCGGGUGGUCAAAUGGUCUGAAGAGUCUGAAAGCUUCAAUUCCCAGAGGGACCAGCAGUCUGGAAAGCCUGACAGGCUUGGGUUAGCUGAAUAUUUAGCUGCUAAUUCUUCAGUAUUGUCUGAUCCUUUGGAAGCUCAGAACAGCGCUCCACCCGAGGUAAUGAAAUAUCUCAAAAUUCGUUUCUUCUAUGAGUUCAUCCUUCAUGUCUGACAUGACCAGCAUAUGAAGCAUCAUUCUAGUUAAGUAACGCUUGCCAAGCCCCUCAAUUAACAAAAUUUGAAAUCUGACUCGUUACUCCAUAUAGGUUUGAAUUUUGAUUAUUGUCAAAUUCCAAAAAAAGAACGAACAUAUUUUCCUACAGGUUUAAAUAUUUAUUAACUAUUAACCAUCGUAGCUGUUAUCUUAGUUGUGAGCUAUUUUUCUGAUGGCUUUUCACAUGAGGCGGAAUGUUGCCUUUACUGUGAUGCGACUAUUUUUAAGGUUUAGACGUUUUCAUGGACCAGUUUUAACAUACACUUUUAGUCACUGCUCAGACUAAUACGUAUUAAAAAAAUCAAAAAGAAUGGCAAAGUUUCAUAUUAAGGUAUAACUCUUUCAUAUUUUAGUAUUUUUUCUGUUGUCCGUGUCUUUUUUUGGGCAGAAAAUAAAAAAUAAAAUAAACAUUUAGAUAAUUCCCAUUAUUUUGUGGGGGUAACAAGUGUGAAGGAGAGGUAUAUUUGCUCAGUUUGUCCCUUGAGCAAGGUCUGUCCAUAUACCCGAAACACUCGAUUUUAGGGUUUACUUUGUGGUGACUGUCCAUCAGAUCAACAUCCUACAAGAUCUGUUUAUAUAUUUGUACAAUUUACAAUGAGACGCAAAUAACCCAGUGCUACAUCAAUCAAUAAGAGUAUAUCUGUCUCUCUCGUAAAAUCAAUACAGCUGUACUUGUGCCUGCAUAAAUAAAUGUCAGAUCCCUGUUAUUGUGUCCGGGCCCAAUAACCAGGCUCUGGACAAUAAAAAAGUUUGAAGGAAGAAAAGAAUGAUCACGAUGGCUUUUCGACAGAAAUUAUCAGAAUGCGUUCGGGGGGUCAGCUUGCUUCCCCUUUUGAUACUUCUUUAAGCAUUUUUGAUAGAAACUAUCAAAACGCUGCUAAAGGAUAUCUCCUGCUACAAAAUCAUAGAAAAGACUCGUUUUUUUUGUACUAAAACUGUUUCAUUUGGUUUUGCAGUGGACCCCACCUAAUGUAAGCGUUCCUUUGCUGAAUCUGGUUGAUAAGAUAUUCCAGCUUAAUAGAAGAGGCUGGCUACGGUAUGCUUGUUCUGUUUUGCAUACUUUGAAGUGUUUUCAAGUAUUUAAAUUGGAAUCUGUCUGGAUAUUUAUCUGUGCUCUAGUACGUCGCUUAUGUCAAUGGCAUGAGAAGAUAAAAGAAAGAAAGAAGUAAAGUGUUUGUGGGGAGUCAUCAUUAAUCCUGGUGAUUGGGAAACACACAACGGUGAGCCUACCCUGGCCUUCUUUCUUCCUUGAUAAAGAAAAUCUCUCAAGCAGAAGGCCGAUUUGUGAACAAUAUGUGGACAAUCAUCACUACGAAUCAUAACUAUGAGAACUCUAUGAAUGACGACCUUGGAGGCGAAAGAACUUAAGGGGUGCUCCCAUAACUUGUCAAAGCCCUGACUAGGCACAGAAUCUGUCUGACAGUAUACCAUCUUCAUGGAAGCCUUUUUUGAAUAAUUGCCGUGACAGUCCCUCGUAUAUUUUAUUUAAACCGAAGUUUUCAUGUUACCCAAGUACUAGGGGCGUCAAUGUGCUGCUAGGCUUAGCCUACAUAUUUUUAACAGGGGCCAUUUCUAUGUGCAAGGCCUGAUUCCUCUUCCAAACUUGUGUUUUGGCCUAAGUUCAGGAAAGAUAAAUAGCCUGAAUUUCCAGACUGGUCUCGCUCACUGAAACACCUCAAAUACACAAGCGGCUCAAAUACACAAGCGGCGAAGAACUCAUGCCCUCUGAAUUCUGACUUCUACUGGUUUGAAUCAUGAGAAAACAACCUUAGAAUCUGUUUGAUCUUUCAGAAAUAUCAUAGUUUCUGUAUCAGUAUUGGGACAAGUUGAAAAAACUGUCUAAAUUGGUCUCAAAGUCAGAUAAAGUCGGUUCUGACUGGUACAAGUCUAGUAACAAAACUAUCAGUAUUUCCUUAAAAACCUGCUGUCUAGGUUGUUGCGAAUCAUAAUUCAUAUCAAGGAUCAGAAUUAUGAAAACUGAAUCUGGAUCAUGUCUGUGGUAUGAGUCACUUUGGUUCAUGUUGCGUUACUAUGGAUGUCCCCUCUCUCCGACAUUCAACUUUAUUUUCUCUAUCUAGCUGCAAAUUGAAAGUCAGAUGACCAGAAUUCUCAUUACACAUUAGAUUCAUUUUUCAAUUUGGAUCAGAAUGUAGAUAAAGAUACUUUAGAUUGACCGCCAGAAUAGGUCUCAUGGCAUUAUCAUAUAUGUGUGAUAUCGAAUAUAUAUAGUCGCUCGCGUGUGCGCAUGCACACACGCACACAGUUUAAUCUUUUGCAUAUUCUGAUCAUUAAUCUGAUUGUUUUAAAGUGAAAGCCAAAAGUUAUUUAUCAUAUAUUGCCAUAUAUAAGAGUUAGACAAUCUGCCAUAAAGUUCCAUCAUAGAAUGUUUGGCCUUCCUUUUUUUUGUAUAACAUCAAUGAUAAAGUCUGAUUUCAUUUUACGGAUUUUUUAUUCCUUUAGAAGGCAGGUCUUCUGGAUUUCAAAACAGAUUUUGCAAUUAAUGAUGGAAGAUGCUUUUGAUGACUGGCUUUUAAGGCAAAUUCAUUGGCUUCGCCAGGAUGACAUCAUUGCUCAGGGGAUAGACUGGAUCAAGAACGUAAGAUUAUUGUUCUUCCUUUAUUGUACCAAUCCCUGUGUCAAUAAAAUCUAGUACUUGUUUUCACAAUGUCCUAUGGUAGAACAUGCGCUACAUUUUUUAUUUUUUAAAAAAUAUUAAAUAAGUGAAAUUAUUCAUAUAGUGCGCGUUAUUCUUCACUUGUUGAUUUUGGUAAAUUUUACAACAUUGCUCGGCAAAAUGUUCUACCGACUAAAACCUUAUGAAAGGCAUAUUGCAUUCCAUCCCUAUUUUCUCUUUCGUUUUCUUUAUUAUUUAUUUUAUGUUUGUAGUUAAUGUCCCAGUGAUGCAUCUGGUCUAACCCUGCAAUCACACAGCCCCAUUCCAAGUGAUGGUGUAACUUGUGCAUGAAACUUUGCAUCAAUGGAAAGAUCCGCUUUUUACAGUCUUGAUAUCUGCUAUUUUGUGCAUUUGCAUCAUGGAGAUCGAAUGCAAUUUGUUUGUUGAGCUAUUCCUUCUCCUUCAGUUGCUUUUUUUUUUUUACAGGAUUAAUUUAUUUGAAUUCGUAUUCCAUUUUGUCUGUGAACAGUAUUUGACAGCGUGACUAAAAGUUAUUGAUUAGAAGUAUCGAAAUCAUUGGUUCCUAGAACCAUUUAUUGAUAAGAAGGCCCAAAUUCAUUGGCAAAUUUUAUUUAUUUUCGUUUGCUAUGUGAUCGUCAGGCUCUCUGGCCGAAUGGUACAUUCUUUAUGAAGAUGGAGAGCAGUCUAGGCAAAAUGGACGAUAUUCACGCGAAUCAGGUCUCACCGAGCACGGGGCCCGGUAGUAAGGGCCAGAAGCCAAGCUCUUUCGAACUACAGCUUGAGGCAGCUCGUAGAGCAAGUGACAUUAAGAAAAUGUUUCUGGGUGAGUAGCCAACCAAAAGGAUUGAAUUAUACUAUCCUGUGUCUUAUCUCCUGAAGCAUAUAUAAAAAUCUUACCCUCAUCUUAUCAGAGUCUUAUCCUGUAAAGAAAUUCCUGCAAUUUGCACCUUCCUGGGUCUUGUUCAGAUAUCCUUGGAAUUUUUUUAGCAAUCUGUCCGCUGGUGACUAGUAACCGACCACUCAGGAGUGCAUCUUAUCUAUGUCGUAACCUUGUUCUAAACUCCUAUGCAGAUGGGGCUCCCACAGCAUUAGUCAGCUUAAUCGGGUAUAAGCAAUACAGGCGUUGUGCCAAAGACGUAUAUUAUUUCCUCCAGGUCAGCCAUCUCUGGUUCUAGGAUUCUCUCUUGGGCUCUACAAGGCCUCUGCCAUGGCUUUUUUCCCCCUAUCUCAUUCUGAUCUGAUCCAUCCUGCUGCCUUGUAUGUUCCUGCAGUCUACCGUCUGUGUGAAACAGCUCGCUUACGGAAUGCUGGAGUUACUUAUCGUGUCAAUAUUCCCCGAACUCCGCAAUCUUGUCGAAGGCAUGCAUCAGAGAAAACACAUUCAGACAGAAAUGUAG